AUGUCUAGAGUAAGGAGUACCCACCUAGCCCUUCUUGUUGUUUUCCAACUACUCCUCUCAAUAACGACACUCUUUCACGCCGUUCCCUUGGUCCAUGCCGCUACCUCAUCAUCAAUACACAAUUUUCAAUCGCAUCACUAUGAAUUACAUGCCUUAUUAAGAAAAACCAGAGGAUGGUUGAAACAUCCACUCAUGAAUCAUACCAACACUUCCACAACUCCUCUCUCUUCCACCAACUCCUACUCCCUUCAAGUGGACUUUAAAGUCCAUUCACGAAGUCCUCACAUUUCCUUCCAAAAGAAUCAUAAGGCAAUUCCCUUGUAUAAGGGUCGUGCUCUUGUUUCAUUGAUGGAACCUUCUCCCUCAUCGACACCUUCUUCUUCUUCUUUUGCUCAUAACAGUCCUUCCUCGGCCGAGGAGCACAUACGACUCGUUGCUGUUUCAAGCCUUCUCUCAGAGGCCCUCUACUUUGAUUCCCAAAUGAAUUCCUAUACACGAGUGCGUUUUGAGCCAACAACUGCCGAACAAAAGGGCCACCAAAUUUCCGUUUAUCCCUCUCCAGUAGAGUUCAACUCUCUACUAAAGUCCAUUCUCGAUACAAAUCAUUACAUACCUGAACAGGUUCCAAUCUAUGACGAAGCUGCGGACCGAUUAUGUCCUGUUGAAUAUUUCGAUCGAUAUGUUGUCUUUUUUGAACACUCCCAUUACUUGCUAUGUAUGAAGAAGGAGAAGGAUACAACCGCUUCUUCUGUCUCUCCUCGUUUACUGUCGAUGAAUGGUGUGGCCAGGACACGAAAGAAUUCUCUCAUGAAUUUAAAGUACAUUAUUGGGCAAGAGUUUACAGUGGACAUUGCAUCCAUGUCGUUGCGGAGAGGUGAACUGGGUCAGCUCAACAAUGCAAGAACAAGAGGUGGCAGCAACCUUAAUCGAUCGUCGCGAAAUGACAAUGGCAACAACAUAAUGUCGCUCUAUACAGAAUCACCUCUCAUUCAAGAAGAGUUGAAAGCCAUGAAAACACAAUCCACUUCUGAGAGCCUUAAUAGAAUUAGUCGUGCUGGAGUAUUGGAAGCCUCACCUCAGUUGGAAGACUAUUUUCCAAAGACGAAAGUUCAACUCGUCGAAAAAUCCUCCUCUGAGAAGGGAUUGUUGCAAUCCGAACAGUAUACAUCACCUGCCAAAUCAUACUUUUUCCAUUUGGACUCUAUUGCAUGUUUAUUGCCAUGGUUGAAGGACUCUAAAAAGUGUUCGCAACAAAACAGCAUGCGAGAGCAACGAGCGUUGGAUGAAAGCAAGAGAAAAGUUUGUGUCUUCUUACACGGAGCAGGACAGUGGCCCAGCGAUAAGGGAGAACCUAUUAAUUAUGAUUUUGAAAAUUAUUGGGGACCUGUUUCACAUUACACACCUCAAUGUUCUGAACGAUGGUUCAUUCGAGAGGAGACAAAAUAUCGUGGUUGGGAUAACUUGGAAUUGCAAAAAAGUUAUUGUGACAUAUUACUCAUGAAACAAAAGGGAAAAGUCACACCAUCCGAGGUAGUGAAGAAUGUCAUUAUUUAUGCUCACUCGAUGGGUAAUUUAAUUUUAGCUGCAGCAAUCAAGAAUGGAGUUUGUAGCUUGGAUAAGGAGAGUGUUUCGUGGUACGAUUUAAUGGGUCCCCUUAGGGGCAGUCCUGCUGCCAACAUGCUUGAUACUGUGUGUGCUCAAGACGACUGGAAUGUCAAACGAAUUUUAGCCGCAAAAGAAGGUGGCAAAGAAUAUAUCACUGGUCAAAUGUGUGGAACCAGUAGCUAUGGAUUAAACUCAAUGUACAGCGCUCCACUGGAAUUACUGAGUAAGCUUGUUAAUUAUGGAGAAUUGAAUGACGGCUUGGUACCCUACAGUUCAUGUGUCGUGGAUAAAGAUGCUCCAUUCUCAGAGUCGUAUGAAGAUACCUUCUACAGAACAGCCGCCAAUCAUGUGGAUGGAACGUGGGCCAUGAGUUUGCAUAAUGAUACUACUACUUGGAUCACAAAUAAUUCGAUGACAUUUUUUAUGGUUAAAAAAGUACUUCUCUAUUUGAGCUUCUUCUUGUUUGAGGUCAACAACUGGGUCGAUUUCAAUUAA